GAAGCUGAAAAGAGGACUAACUGAGCAGCAAAGAGAAAAGAGAAACAGUAUGGCCUGGCUCUUGGCUCUGAGAUCAUCCUCGUGACCAUGCUAUACUCUGGAAAAAUUCCAGGCCCUGAGAAGUGGAAACAGAACAGGUUUUCCGACAUGGUGACCGAACACCCGUUGUAAACUUUCCAACUGACCCACACAAAGAAAGUGAAUGGCCCCAGGGAUUUGGACAGCUUACCAAGACUGGAAUGCAGCAGUUAUUCAAACUUGGACAGUACACGAGGAAAAGAUAUUCCAACUUCCUGAACAGCACGUACAAACGGCAAGAGUUUUAUAUCCGAAGUACAGAUUAUGAUCGCACAAUUAUGAGUGCCCAGUCAUACCUUUCUGGCCUCUUUCCACCAACUAGCAGCCAAAUUUGGAACCCUGAGCUUCUCUGGCAACCCAUCCCAGUUCAUGUUUUGCAAAAAUCAACAGACCAGAUGCUGCACUUUCCUUUGACUGGAUGUCCCCGUUUUGAUGAACUUCAGAACAAAACACAAACAUCUAGUGAAUUUCAAAACAGAAUACAACCAUACAUGGACUUUAUACAAACAAUGGCAGCAAACACAGGACUUGAACUAAAUAAUCUUAAAAUACUGGACAAUUUCCAGCUCUGGAAUACGUACGAUACUCUAUACUGUGAGGGUAUUCACAAUUUUACUCUCCCUGUAUGGGCCACCAAAGAUGUAAUCGACAAGAUGGAAAAACUGGCAGAAUUGUCCUUAUUAUCGAUAUUUGGGCUUUAUAAAACAGAAGAGAAAUCACGACUGCAAGGAGGUGUUCUUGUGAAUGCCAUUUUAAAGAGUAUUAAACAAGCUGCCAAUUCUUCAAAACAAAGAAAAAUGGAGGUCUACUCUGCACAUGACACCACACUUGGGGCCCUCCAGAUCGCUCUCAAUAUUUUCAACGGAAAACUGCCACCAUAUGCUUCUUGCCAGUUUUUUGAACUCUACCAAGAAAGCAAUGGGCAAUAUAGCAUUGAAAUGCAUUAUCGGAACGAUUCUUCAAAGGAUCCUUAUGUACUCACUCUGCCAGGAUGCAACUCUUCUUGUCCACUUGAGAAGUUUGCUGAACUAGUUUCUCCUGUGAUUACAGAAAAUUGGUCAAAAGAAUGUGGGAAGAAAGACAAAAUGAAAGAUAUUUUUAUCGGAUUUGACAUUGCUGUUGGCUUGUUGUUCAUUUUUGACCUUGUACUGCUUUACCUCCUUUAUCAUUAUGGACGCUGCAGGCGCAGAAACAAUUACCAAGACAUUUAAAGGGGAGGUAAAGAAAUGAAAGAGAGAGCAGCUAGACCUCAAGCAAUCCUUUAAGUUCCUUGUAUCCAUCCGUUUGCUCUGGCCAACUUAAUCUCCAAAGCAUAUUCAUAAACUUGAAGAGCUGAGGUAUCUGUGGCCUAGCUCCUAAAAGACUAAACAUCUGCAGUGAGAAAUACUGUAGAAAUACAUUAUUGUUAAGAAUUUACUUUUGUAGCAAGACAGAAUUGCUUAAUUUUCUAUCUUUAGGUUUUCCACUACUGUUUUUAAUAUUGCCUAUUACCAUUUAGCCCUCUACUUUUGUCUUUCCCUGCUGAAUGAAUCUUUCUUGAAAAUCACAAUCUGUAAUAUUUCCUUACUUCUUAUAAAUGGCUAUUUUGUUGAUACAGAGGAAAAUGUUUGCAGUGACCAAAAGCUCCAAUUACUGUGUGAAAAAGAUUCGUACCAGCACUUGGGUAUACCAUUUCUGCAUUUAUUAAUGCAAAUCUAUGCAUGAGUUUUGACCUUGGCCUUCAGCUAAUAAAAGUCUGCAGCCUGCUUUUCAAAAGCUACACUACUAUAGCUUUCACUCAAAUUAGUAGGAACUGGAGGGAGAUCUGUUGCAUCUCCAGGCAUAAGCAAGAAGCUUAGCGCAACAGCAUCUUGGUCAGUGUCCACAACUUCAGUAAUGUGGAUAAGUAAAUACAUUAAAAUGUAUUUUUUGUUGCUACACUGCUUUCCUAUUUUUCUGAGCUCCCCAUCAUGAAUGAUCCUUUCCCUGCAUCUUUUCUGGCGCAACAGUUCUGUGUCCUGCUUCAGGUCCCCUCUAUAAUCUUAUUUCUUUGAGCCAUUCUUACAAUUAUUCCUCAAGUUAUCACUCUAUUCAUCACCUUUCAUUUUCAUUUUCAUUUACAGUAACUCCUUUACUUCCUUGCUCUGUUCAAAACCCUUUCUGUUAGCAAGACAUGCACUGAAAGUAAGAAAAGACUGAUUCUGCUUUUUGUAUGUUGAUCUCUUCUGUGCAAUACAUUUUGUUUAGAUUGUAAGCUCCUAAGGGCAGGAAAUUUUUUUCCACAAUUGCUCUCUAGUAUCAUAAACUAGUAUCAUAAGCACUAAUAUUGCUGUAUAAAAUACUGCUUAUCAUCAUAUGUUUCCAGGGCUGAAUCAAGAUUUUUUUUAAUCCUGUAGUCCUGCAGAGGAUACUGUGAAUUGCAUUACCAUGGAGAAGCCUUUUUGAAAAUCAAGAUGGCUAUACAGACAGGUGUGCCAACAGCAGGUCCAGUCCAACAGAUAUAAUGAGCAAUCAUGUGCUCAAGCUAAUGAGUCCUGUUGAGGUGCAGAAGUCUCAAGAAAGCUGAGAGAUGGAGCUGCUUAGCUCAGGCACAGCAUCGCACCAGUGUGAAUACACUGCCUCUGGACUGACUUUGACUCAUAUCUGUGGGUUGCAACUUGGUGCCCAGGAGCUUGGGUCAGCUACCACUGAUCUAGAGAUCAGCCCUCAGUAUUACAGCUGUGGACACAAUUAAAAUGUGAUGUAGUUAGAUGUAUGGAUAUUAACUAGCAUAAAUCAAACUGAAUAACAAAGGCUUGAGGGAAUGCAGCACUUUACAAAUAUCAUUGUGUUUUCUUGCAGUAACUCCAGCUACUCAGCUGUCCAUCUUUUAAAGCAGUAUUUCCCACUCAGUAAAAAGCCUUUACUAGCAUCCAUGACAUUUCCAUUUUAUCUAUUUUAGGAAAUGUCAUAAUAAAGUGAUGGAUUUGAUUCUUACAUAGGAAGGAUGUUUUAUUGUAGAACAAUUUGGGGCAAAGCUGCCGGAAAGAUCAAAGCCUAUCCUUAAAUCAGAUGUUUUGGAUGUACAAGCUUCAGUUUGUAACUGAUCCUUGGUGCAAAAACUUAAAGGAAUGUCUAUUCUGCAGUAAAAAGUGUUACAGCAGCUCUGGAAAACAAGUCUGAGCUGCCUUGGUUACUAUUAGCAGUGUACUCACACUGGACAAAAGCUCAGGACAAAGUGCAAAACUGAUCUUGGCUCCUGAAUAUAUAUAUAUAUAUAUAUAUAUAUAUUUACUCAGUGAUUACCUGAUGCUGAGCUCUGUAUUACCAUGCCCACAGUGCUGCUAGUACUCACUAAGGAUAGACUGAGGAAAUCUUUUAUUAGAGGCAGUCAAAUGCUCGACAACUGAAGAUGUAUCAUUGACUGAUAAUGUGCAGUAAUAACUGGCUGUGAGAUAGUAGAAAGUCAGUUGGUUGCUCCCCACAAGAAGUAGAACGGAGCAUGUUUUUUCCAAGAUUGCUUCUUAUAAUAAGAAGCACAUCUAGACAGAAAGUAAAAUGUGAAGUUCUGAGGCAUCUUUUGUGGUUUAUUCUACUGCAGCCUAAUCUGCUACAGAGAAUUUGAGGAGAUGAAGCAAUUCUAGCUGUGGCAAGAGUUGUCACAAAGUAAUUUUUUUGUAGGGAUGCCUUUUUGUUAACAGAUAGUCAUACUUGAAAAUGUCCAUGCACUUUUAGAGAGGAUCCAUUGAACACAAGUUACACAGAAUGUAAUGGAUAGAUUCAGAUGAUGUAACUUCAGAAUUUAUGAAGGUACAAAAAAGAUGCGGUGCCUUAGUAAUGUAGGCCCUGAAUCUAACUUAUAGUAAAGACGCUUUGUCUUGCUGAGAUUAAAACAAGGUUAAUUUCUCCAGUGGAGUAAAAGGUUGUUAAGUGUCUGACAAGCUUGUGGCUUUUUAAUUUUUUCAGCCAUAUUUACAAUUUGCUUAGCACAAUCUGUUUGUGAUUAGAAAAUAUCUUGUCUCCAAGCUACCUGUAGCACUGAAAUAAAGUACA